AUGGCCAUCGGAAUUUGUCGAAAGGCCAUAGACAGAGUUUAUGAAGUAUAUGAUGAACUGAAAAGGACGAAUUUCGUAUAUGAUAAUGAGAAAAGCGUGUUUAUUUUUGUUCCUCUUCAAGCGAACUACAUGACUUUCUUUGUUAUGCUGGAGAAUCUUUCAUUAAGGAGGGUCGGAAGGUCUGGUGAUGGCCUUGAUAACCCUACCCAUGGAGACGAAAAGAGAAUGAGGCAUGAAUCUCAGUUCAAAACUAUCAAGAUGUCAGGUAUAUUUACGGACACUGAGAUGAAUGAGCAAUACCAGGAGGACAAUGACUUUAACCAACAAGAAGAGCUAGUAAGUGACCAAUAUAUGAUGGAUGAACAGAAUGAAUUCGAACAAGAUUUCAGAGAUGAAUUUAUUGAGGGAGCGUUUUUUUCUGAAUCUGAUAUGUCAGAAGAUAUCCUUGAAGCCGCUUAUGCGGUUGACUCCGUGCAAGACAUUACAACUUUGAAAUUUAGUGAGAAUUUUGCGGAGAAAAUUGGCAAAUACCACUUUUCUACUUUGCAGCUUGCAUUUGAUUUUUAUAUGAAGUACUCAAAGUCGAAGAGCUUUAGUGCAAGGAAGAGCAAGACCUUCAAGAAUAGUACUGGCGAGAUAUACAAACAAAAGUUUGUAUGUCAUAGGCAAGGAUUCAGGAUGGAGAAAUAUUACACGAUGGAAAAAAAGGAAGAAGGAGCCUAG